AUGGAAUUCCAAAGUUUCUACAUCAAGUUGUUUGUACUGGUUUGUUUGGUGGCUGAGUCCAUACAAGUACCAAGUCCACGUAUCGUUAGCGGUACUCAAGCCGCAGUGGGGCAAUUUCCUUAUCAGGUAUCCGUACGUGUGAACGGUAAACAUAUUUGCGGUGGAGCUUUGGUUGCCCAAGGUUUCGUUGUAACGGCAGCACACUGUGUAGUCAGUAUUCCGUCAUCAUUCCUUUCUGUACAAGCCGGUACGAUAAAUAUCAGCGAUACCGGUAUCGUUUCUGAAGUAUCGAAAAUAACUCCACAUCCCGACUACUAUUACGAUAAUGACAUUGCUGUGCUGGAGUUAAGUACUCCUCUCAACUACUCCGAUGUCGUACGGCCAAUACCUUUGGCUAAUCUGGAAGCACCUGCUGGCGAAGAGGUAACCAUUUCUGGUUGGGGUCGCACAACUAAUGGUGGUACACCUUCCCUUCUAUUACGGUAUAGUCGCAGUUUGACUGUUUUAAGUGAUAAACAAUGUGCUCGCAUUGCCGGUCCCCUUAAUCCGGGUAUACAAUGUCUUUCCAAAGAGAAAAGUAAUGGCUUCUGUGAUGGUGAUGAUGGUGGUCCAGCUGUUCACAAAGGCGUAUUGAUUGGCAUCGCAAGUUAUUAUUCCGACGGUUGUGGCUCUGCUUCACCAGACGGCUACACCAAGAUAUCCUAUUACCGUGAGUGGUUAGAUGAAAAUACUACACCUACGGUACCAGUUUGAAACAAUUAUAACUUUAUAAACAAUAAAGCUCAAGUGUAAACAAUA